ACCGCGGACAGCUCCCGUCUGAGGAGCAGAGUCACACCGGAGGAGGAGAGGGCUGGACAUGGGGGCGCCGCAGCACAGGCCCGCUUCACCGAGAUAAACACUGGGGGGGUUUCGUGUGCUCACACCGGGGACGACACACAAAGACGCCGAGCUGGAGAGGCCAUAAGAGGAGGGGGUGAGGAGAACCGGGGAAUACGGCUACGGACCCAUCCCGGAGCAUCACGGGAGAAGCAGCGAGAGAAAGAAGGGGAAGGAGGAGAGAUAAUUCCGCUCGACCUGAUGGACUGAGGACAGAUGAAUGAAGACUGCUUACACUAACGCCUAUCGAUGCCUGGCCAAGGACCUGGACGCUUACGCCAUGAACACGGACAUGACAAUGGACGGCAUCGGCAGCCUGCACGGCGGGGUGGCGGUCAGCUCCGUGGCCCCUGAUGCGGAGCUGAUGAGCGGCCACAGCCCGCACCACGGCCGCGGCUCGUCGGUGGCGCCCGGGGGACACGGAGCGGCGGCUGCGGCUGCCGCGGCGGCAGCGUCCACCCUGCGGAUACACCAGGACCUGGCCGCUGCAGCCGCGUCCUCCCGCUCGGCCAUGGUGUCCGGCAUGGCCACGAUCCUGGACGGCAGCGGGGAGUACCGGCCGGAGCUGUCCCUGCCGCUGCACCACGCCAUGAGCGUGCCGUGCGACUCGUCCUCUCCCGGGAUGGGGAUGAGCGGCACCUACACCACCCUCACGCCGCUGCAGCCGCUGCCCCCCAUCUCCACCGUGUCAGACAAGUUCCACCAUCACCACCACCACCACCACCACCAGCGGCUCUCUGGGAAUGUCAGUGGGAGCUUCACUCUGAUGCGGGACGAGCGGGGACUUCCGGGCAUGAACAACAUUUACAGCCCGUACCACAAGGACCACAUGUCCGGGAUGGGUCAGAGCCUGUCCCCGGUGCUGGGUAACGGUCUGGGCUCCAUCCACAACACCCAGCAGGGGCUCCACAACUACGGAACGUCCACACACGGGGGCCACGACAAGAUGCUGAACUUCGACCACACCGCCUCCAUGCUGGCCAGAGGGGACCACCACCACCAGCACCGGGGCCUCGGGGGCCCGGCGGCCGGGAUGAUGCCUCACCUGAACGGCAUGCACCACCCGGGACACUCGGCCGCGUCCUCGGCGGGCCACCACCCCCACCUCCAGUCUCCAUCACUCGGGCCCGUGUUGGCUUCCACCCGGGAACGACCGCCCUCUUCCUCGGGGACGCAGGGGGGGAACAGCUCGGGGCAGCUGGAGGAGAUCAACACCAAGGAGGUGGCGCAGCGGAUCACGGCGGAGCUGAAGAGGUACAGCAUCCCGCAGGCCAUCUUCGCCCAGAGGGUGCUGUGCCGCUCCCAGGGGACUCUGUCGGACCUCCUGCGGAACCCCAAACCCUGGAGUAAACUAAAGUCCGGCCGGGAGACCUUCAGGAGGAUGUGGAAGUGGCUGCAGGAGCCCGAGUUUCAGAGGAUGUCGGCGCUCAGACUGGCAGCGUGUAAACGGAAGGAGCAGGACACAGCGAAGGAUCGCAACAACACACCAAAGAAGUCGCGGCUCGUCUUUACCGACUUGCAGCGGCGCACCCUGUUGGCCAUCUUCAAGGAGAACAAACGGCCAUCCAAGGAGAUGCAGCUCACAAUCUCGCAGCAGCUGGGCCUCGAACUCACCACUGUAAGCAACUUCUUCAUGAAUGCCCGUCGCCGGAGCCUGGACAAAUGGACAGAUGACGGAGCCAGCCCUGGGGCACUGUCCUCAGCGUCCAGCACUUGUACCAAAGCAUGAUGGGAGACAGCGAGGUUAAGAGGAGGGAGGGGAGCAAUGGGGAGGGGUCUUCACUGGAUUCAGUGGAGACACUGGGAUGGAUUGGGGGAGUGGGUCGACGUUUCAUCCGGUCAAAACGGGGCGGAACACCAAACCUUUUUUUUUUCACUGAGGGUGACAAACUGAGAGGGGCUGCUCACUGCCACGACUUGUAGCCAAAUCGCCUUUUGCAAAAUUAUCAUACGUCCAUAAAGAAAGCUGAAGGGUAAAACCAUCUAGAAACCAACAAAUCUCACUGGGGGACCUUUUGAAUCAUGGACUUUCACUGCUGAUGUCUCCUUUAGGAUAACAGGCUGACACUCUAGCCCAAAAACCAAAGACUAGAAGACAAUGUAUGUUUUCUAUUAUGCAAUAUAAGCUAGGAAACAACCAAACAUGAAACCAAGGAAAGCUUUAUGACUGCAGAAUGUGAUGGAAGCUCUGGGAUAUUAACAUUUUCUGUGGAAAUUUUGGUUUAUUCUAGCCCUUAAAUAUCCAAAGACUCUUCAGUUUGGGGCAGGGUUUUCAUUCAGGAGGUUUUCAGAAAACGCACAGCUUACAUUUGGAAAACUGUUGGAUUUUAAACAGAGACUUUGGGCCAAACACAGGUCAUUUCAGGAUGCUGAAUAGUUUUAAUGAAUCAGAAUUCAAGAUGGUUCCCAAACCCUCAAUGCCAUCAUCUGUCCUACACUCAAUGAUUUGACUCUUUAAAGAAGGUAGCAUGAGCUUUCGAAGUAAGAAAACGGCAAAAUAUGCAAGCACAAACAUUUGCACCAAAGCACUCAUCCGACAGAAAUUUAGUACAAGCUUUCUCGGCAUAUUUAGCGUUCAGUGGAGUAUUUUUGUGACAUGUGUACGUGAGCACAAUCUUGAAGCACAUUUUCUUUGCAAUAGAACCGGGGCUAACAGCCGAGCCGAGUGGGCUUUGCAUCUUAGAAAAACUCAGGAUGCCAUAUUUUCUAAAAAGUGGCUGAAAUCCAUUCGGCAUGUGUCACAUCAUGGUGUAACGUACAAACACGUAUAUUCAUAAAAAUACAACUUGAUUUUACAUAAACAAAUGCAACUUUAAAGAGUCAUUUCCUGAAAGUUUUACCAAAGUCUCCACCGUGACCAAACCCAAUUCCCCGGGCAUUUCUAAUCAAAACUCAUUCAAGAAGGCGGCCCCUUUUCAGAGCAUCCUGGUUUUAGUUGUUGCUCUAGUUUUAGAUUUUUUUUAGCGAUAAAAUAUGUGAUAAAUAAACUGACGGAUAGUUGGUUAAAAAAUCUGGUAGCCAAUCUUCAAAAAACACCAUUUGUAAAGGAAACAUUUAGUUAUUUUUCUACAAAAUUCCCAAUCCUUUGCCAAUAGAAUGUUUCUACAAAUAAAAAUAUAACUAGUUUUUCUAACCAUUUUAAUAUGUUAGCGUCGUGAUGAAAAAGUAGCUUUCCUCAGACAGAAAGCCAGGAAUUUUUUUCUUACCAAAAACCCAAUUUUCAAGCUACAGAUACUUGGUCAAUAAUUUAAAAUUUUUUUUUUUUCAAAAGUUUAAAUUCAGACGUGUUUUUUUCUUUUUAGAGAAUAUUUUUAUGAUAAAAAAUGUUCUGAAUAAACUUUUGACUUAAAAUAUUCCCUAAAGCCAAGAUGCUUUUGAAAACGUCCAGCUGCCAUUAAAACAUGACCCAACAUUUCCAUCACAAUUAAACGGUAGAACCAAGAGACCACCUGAACUGCUGGAGGACAAACUUUCUAGGCGAAUCAGGGCCUUUGUAAUAGUUAAAGAGGACAAUCUAAAGACGAUGCCUGUAAAGUUUGUCCCUCAUCGAGAUUCAGCUGUCUCAACGUUGCAAACAAAGGAUUUAAAUAAAUAUUCAGCCAUAAACUUUAAAUAAUCCUUGUUUUUUUUCUUUAUUUGUUAGACUGUACAGACUUAUGUAAAUACCAACGCAGCCAAUACACUCAACAACAUCACCUCCAGCUCUGUUUUAGCAGUCUUUACUUUCAACUAUCACCUCAUUAAUCAUCUUUCAUUCAAGCUAUCAAACCAAAAA